CUUGGGUUUAUAAAACUUAAGGAAAAUGAACGAGAAAGAAGCGAAUGAAAAGGAGAAGGAAAUCAAAAUAGAUCUGGGUAUUCAAAAGAAGGAGGAACAGGAGGGGAAAGAUAAUGAAGAGGAGAAGAAUAAAAUUGAAGGAGAUAACUAUCCUAGUAGUGAGAAUCAGACUGAAAAAGCUAUUGGUCCCAAUUCGAGAAAUAAUGAAGUUGCUAUUAGCAAGAAAGAUAAUACUGAUAGUGAGAAUCCUGAAAGCAAUUCUCUCAAUUCUAAAGACUUGAGUUCUGAAGGUGUAUCAAUACUUUUAAAUCGCUCAAAUGUUGCUAAUGAUACAGAUUCUUCAAAAUAUCAACCUCCUAUAAAUCACUCAGAUGAUCCAAACAAGACCUCACCAGCAGAAGAUGAUUCUCGUCCGGUUGCCACAACUCAUUCUAAUGACUCAUCUUCUCUUGGCCUUUCAGGUACUUCCAAAGAUCAAGUAGCCUCAAGCACUCAAGAAGACUUGAAAAAUUAUCCUCCUAUAAAGAUCCCAAACCCGGAUUCACCGGAGGAGGGUGAAUCUAAUGAGGAAAGUUGGCCUGACACAUCGGAAGAUCCAAGUUAUGAAAAUGUGUAUACCGAACCACCUAAAGAAACAAAAUAAACCAUCAGAAAUGCUACAAGAGCCUAUUAAUGAAGAAGCAAAAGAGAACCUCAGAAAAUAUCAAGACCAAUUAUUUCGAGCUUAUGGAAAAGAAGAGAAUAUUAAGGGCUUAGAAUCUGUCUUCAAUCCCAAUGCAGAAAUUAUAGUAUCACAAAAUUCAGUAAUUCCUUUUAUUUUCCGUCAAGCAAUUUUAAGAAGCAAUACUGAUGAACAAAUAGCCAUCCUUUCAGAUGCAGAUUUAGACACAAUACUUGCUUUUGACGAAGAAUUUCAAAACUCAGAGAUUUUUAUGAAUUUGUCUUCUAAAGAGAAAGGCUAUUAUUCAGAAAGAAUAAUGAAGAUCAUAAAUGAAAAAGAAAAGAGGGCUCUAAUUUAUGAGAGAUUUACUUUUGAAGGAGCCCAUAAUAACAGAAGCCAAGUUAUUGAUGAUACUGCCAAUGAUAGGAGUAGAACUAUUGAUAAUACAGUAUCCCAAUUAUCACAUCGAGCAAAUUCAACCCGCUCUUCAAUUUCUGAAAGGAGACAAAGAGAUAGAGACCAGAAUGAGUGUGAGCAAAUUUCUACCGGCCUUCAAAACCCUCCCAAAGAUCCAAAAGAACGCAACUAAAACCAGAUACAACAAACAUACGUCCUAAUAAGCACUCUUUACUCUAAAAAUCCCCAACCACCCAUCUAAAAUCACACUAAAAACUUUCAAUCUCCC